AUGGCCGACGGCGGCGGCGAAGGCGGUGGCGAGGGCGGCGGGAGCGCCGAGUGGCUGCCCAUCUUCCACCGGGUGGAGGCGAUGGCCAGCAAGAGCCAAGCGCAGACGGAGGUGCUCGCCGCCGACUGCGCGCGCCUGCAGUCGUUUGACAGGGUGCAGCGCGAGUCCUGGGAGUUGGCGCGGAGGCUUCAGCGGACCGUGGACGAGCUUCAGGCGGCGGCGCGGGAGAAGGACGCCGAGAUGGACAGGCUGCGUGCAGAAUCCGCCGACGCCAGGAAGAAGCUGCAGGCGGAUGCGACCAGGAAGAUGAGAUGGGAGGCGGCAUACGUGGAGCUGCUUCUCGGUGCUAAUCAGAAACUCGCCGGUGCGGAGCCCUCAUCUCUUGAACUCAGAGACAGUGACCUGGAUGAUGAUCCCCGAACUUGUGCAGAAACCCCCAACUCUAAGGAAGUUGGAGGACGCGCGGAGCUGAAUCAGGACGCCGUGGAUCGCGUUGCAAGCGAUUUGAGCGCGGAGCUAAGGAAACUAAAGCAAGCUUAUGAGACCCUGAGCUCUAAGAAGGAGAAGGAAGUUUCCGCAUUGCUCUUGGAAAAGGAUUCUCUGCGUAGCCAGUUGGAUACGAUGCAGCAGGACUACGCCGAGCUCCUGAAUAACAAGGAAGUGGAGGCAGCACAAGCUAAAGAAGCAGCACUAAAGCUUCAGAAGACUGUAGAUGAGCUUGAGGUGUUGGCCCAAAAGAAGGAUGCUGAAAUUGACAGAUUGCAAGCAGAAGCUGUGGAAGCCAAAAGGAGUCACGACAAGGAUCUUUUUGCAUUAGUCUCGGAGAAGAAUUCUGUACAGAACCAGUUGAGUAUAAUGCAGCAGGACUACGCUAAGCUCCAGAAGAACAAGAAAGUUUUGACCCAAAAGAAGGAUCAUGAGAUUGUCAUAUUGCGAUCAGAAGCUAUUGGUGCCAAAAUGAAGGUGCAGAAAAUGCGCUCCUUGUUCAAGGAGAAAGAUGAUGAAAUCCAAAUACUCGUUGAAUCUGUUCAGAAGCACUUCAAGGAUAUCGGCGAGACACGUAAAAGAUCAAGGUCUGUUGAUCCAGCUGUAACUACAAGGGAUAAACUGAAAAACAGUAAUCCUAGGCAAACAGUAGAAGAAGAUUACAUUUCUCAAACAAAAACAGUGGAAAAAGAUGGGCGAGAAAAAACUACUCAGAAGCGCAGGCGUGCCUCUUCAAUGUCAAAUGUUGAUGCUGAUGGUGAACAGAGUGGAAGUGAUGAGGAUGGUGAUGAGCGGGGUAGAAAUGAUGAGGAUGGCGAUGAGCAAGGUAGAAGUGAUGUUGAUGGGCAGAGUAGAAGUGAAGAGCCUGAUAAUGAGCACUAUGGAUGUGAUGGGGAUGAUGGUGAGCAGACCGGAAGCAUUGAGGAAACAGCAAAUAAUCAAGUUCAAAAGCCUCUCAGGAGGGCCGAAGCCACUUAGCAAGGGCCUCGUGUCCGGCACCCUCCUCCUUCCCUGGAUGUUAUGGAAACAUCGCAACCAGUGUAUUUUCGAUGGAGCUCGACCUUUGAUGUUGUCCCGCAUUGCCAAGAUCAAGGGUGAGGUAGCACUGUGGGCAAGGUCUGGUGCGCGUGGGCUUAGAGCC